AAAAUACUCAUAAAAUACAGUAACUGUACUAAUUGAGUAGGGCAUUGUAGUACUCUGUCCAAAGCUGUUAGAUAACUUUUUUCUUCAUCUUUUUCUGUAUUUUUAUUGAGAUAAACAAAACAAUAAAAGGACGGUGCCAUAAGUUCAUCAAGCCACAGACUGAUCUCUAAAAUAAUCAUACAUUAACCAAAGUAAACUCCACAAACAAAGAAAAAAACAAGAAAUAAGAGCACUAAUAUUGCACCACUGCCCCCCUCCAUCCCAUAAACCAUAAAAUCCACCUCAAGACCACCACCCUUUAUCCACUUCAGACCUUAUGAAGGAGCAGAUCAUCUACAGUAAGGACUUCACAGCAAUAAUAUAUAAUAAAAUAAUGAUGAUAAUUAUACAACUUCUCAUGUUGAGAUUUAUAGGUGAUAAAAAUGAUGAAAAAAGGAACAAUGAAUGUCAACUCCUACUAGCAGAAUAUAGAUUUUUUUUUGUCUGUCUGUCUGUGUUUGGCAUAUCUUGUCAUAAGUUUGUUCCCCUGGACAUAUUAAAUACAUUUAGACUAGAACUGUUAGCUGAUAAUGCGAUGAAAGCUUACAUAUGAAAGUGCCAGGGACCACCUUUGAAGCAGUGUUUUGUGAUGUAUGUUACUGCCAUGCCUACCUCCUGUAGAGCUCAUGAUUCCUGGCAGUAACAUUCAGUGCGCCAUCACGUGGACGGAGUCGGUAACGUCCCGGUUCUCUGAUUGGAUAACGGAAGGUGACGUGUUUGUGCGGGAAGCUUUGAUCUACGUGGGUGGUCCAGCCGGAUAAAUAAUGCUACAUAGUACUUCAUUCAUAAACAUCGCCAGCCUGUUAUUAAAGAAAAUACACAUGCGUACAUUGACAGUUUUUGUAAACAUCAAUACAAACGCCUACACUAACUACAUGUUGGAUCCGAAAAGGAAUAAAAUCUGGUUUUAAGGUUUUCAGCACAUACAUUGUUAUUUUGAAUUAAAAGCGCGUAAUUUACAUGCAAUAGCGUAAUAAGCCACACACGUUAACCACAGAUAAAUCACGUUAGCUGCUACCAUGGCGAUACGAAAACCAGGCAAUUCUCUUCGACGACCACCCACACACUAAAUGAGUCUGCUAGAGGAGAGGGAGGUGAAGCUGAGGUGGGAGGAGGACGCCAUUGCAGCCGCAGCUGGCCGUUUGUGAUUCGGCUGAGGAAGGACAAACGUUACCAAACUUAAUGUCGAGGGGGCUUUCAGAGAUUUGUUCAGGCUCGGCUCUCAGUGACUGGAUUAUAGUGUGAAAACGGACAAGUAGGAUGGACGGUUUGCCUUUGCGGAGGAGAAAAUGUGGAGCCACAGCGCCGAACCGAAGCAGUCUCCUACCAUUCCUUCACCUGUCGGAUGGCCCAGUCUCUCACCAUGAACACCAGUAGGAACUGCACCACAGUGGGUAAUGGUGAGGGUCUGGCUGUCCUGGAGUCAGUCUCCAUCGUGACCAUCACACUCCUCGCCUGCCUCGGGAACCUCUUGAUUGUGGUAACCCUCUAUCGCAGGCCUUAUCUGCUCACGCCGAGCAACAAGUUUGUGUUCAGCCUGACCCUGUCCAACCUGCUGCUGUCCAUGCUGGUGCUGCCAUUUGUGGCCGUGAGCUCGGCAAAGAGAGAGUGGGUGUUUGGGGUGGUGUGGUGUAAUUUCACUGCCCUGCUCUACCUGCUCAUCAGCUCUGCCAGCAUGCUCACCCUCGGAGCUAUUGCCAUUGACAGGUACUAUGCAGUGCUUUACCCGAUGAUCUACCCCAUGAAGAUCACAGGAAACCGGGCGGUCGUCGUCAUCGCCUAUGUGUGGUUACACUCUCUGGUGGGCUGUCUGCCUCCUCUGUUCGGCUGGUCCUCCUUCGAGUUCGACUGCUUCAAGUGGACCUGUGUUGCGUCUUGGCACAGAGAGCCGAGCUACACAGCCUUCUGGGUCACCUGGUGCACCCUUCCCUCCUUCCUCAUCAUGUUUGCCUGUUACGGUGUAAUUUUCCGUGUUGCCCGCAUGAAAGCCCGGAAAGUACACUGCGGGACAGUUGUUGUGGCCCAGGACGACUCCACUGGAGCUCAAAGGAACGGACGAAAAAACUCAAGCACCUCAACUUCCUCUAAUGGAAGCCGGCGGAGCCUUGUGUAUGCAGGGAGUCAGUGCAAGGCCUUUGUCACCAUCUUAGUGGUGAUCGGCACCUUCCUAGUGACCUGGGGGCCGUAUGUUGGGGUGGUGUGUACCGAGGCUUUGUGGGGACAAGGGAGUGUGUCUCAGGGACUGGAGACUUUGGUAGCAUGGCUGUCUUUCUGCAGCGCAGUGUGCCACCCGCUCAUCUACGGUCUGUGGAAUAAAACGGUGAGGAAGGAGCUGCUGGGGAUGUGUUUUGGAGAUCGCUACUACAGAGAGUCGUUUGCCACGCGGCAAAGGACGUCCCGCCUCUUCAGCAUCUCCAACAGAAUCACAGACUUGGGUAUGUCCCCACACCUGACAGCCAUGCUGGCCGGUGGAGGUCAUCUGCUGGCUCCCGGGAGCAGCACAGGAGAUACUGGCUUCAGUUUCACUCAGGACUCAUGCACAGACGUGAUGCUGCUGGAUAACUUCUCCACAGACGGCUCCUCUCACUCGCAGCACCACGGGAAUCCGUCCGGGAAGAGGAGGAGCUCGGUCACCUUUGAAGACCAGGUGGAGCAUACCAAAGCUGAAAACAGCAACACAUCCUCAGUUCAAGUCCAUGCAGAGGUACACAAAUCACUCGAAACCUUUGCCUCCUGUCUGGCGAAAGCUAUAGAGAGCGACGCUAAGCUCACCCUGUUUGGGGAGGAUCUGGCUCUGCCGGGGGGGCUGUUUACGACCAGGGCAACACAGAGACCCAGAUACCUGGACGGUCAGAGACUGAGGCUGGAAAGUAUCGAUGAGGGGAUCGUUAAAGAUGACAGAGACGAAGAAGAGCAGGAUGUGGAUAUAAAACCAGCCUGAGCACAGCUGGUCUGCUCAUUUGUUGGACAUGCUUAUAGACCGAACUCAGUUUAUUAGUGAACUGCAAGGGUUUCACACCCUUCGCACGACUAUAUAUGACCAUUCAGAGUGGUGCUCGUCUCACUCAGUGGUAUAGUUUAUGAAGUCUCUACACAUGGGUACUCCAUACUUGAAAUUAUUAGGAAACAGGAAGAGGCACAUUAUUCAUUCCACUAUGUUGGACCAAGUGCACACCAUCAGUGCCUUUGCAAGCUUUUGUAUGGAUUUAUGUAAUCAACUAGGAAGCCGUAACUACUGUAACCUAAAUGAUCUGAUUGUUGUAGUAAUUAGUUUAUCACUAUAUAUUAUUGUAUGUUCUCAGAAAAGGGCUGGGCAGUAUUAAAGAAAUACAGUUUCUAUCUUCCAAAAGACUCGUAACACUGUAAUCAGAUCACUUUCAAAUUCCUUUAUCACAUUAAGAAAAGUAUGUUUCAAACCCAAAUUCUCUCUUAUUCAGGUACAGACAAAGAGCCGGUUUGUACUUGUACUGCACACUGAUGGUCCACAUACACAGGUGUUUCCUCUUAAUGUGCCCGAUCAGAUAAACCUCUUUACUGGACUGUGUGGGUGUGUACAAACUGUACUUGAUUGACACUCUGUUAACUUUGUUGCAACUGUUGAUGUGGGACAAUUGCCUUAUUGGUACAUGGUGACCUCACAUUAUUUCCCAACAUACCUCCACCCACCUUCAACCUGAUGCUGCGUUCACAUCAUAUGGGCUGGAUGGGAAAGAUUCCCAUGUUUAUGGCUUAUUAUGCGGUUGUGUGACUGCAGUGUUGGACGUGUGAGAGUUAAAAUACUGUGCACUGACAAAAUAGCACCAUAUCCAUUGCAUUGGAUUUUAAUUACCUUGAAGGACGGACUUUGGCUGAUGUGAGGCGUCCAUAUUUGUUUGUUUUUCAGAUACUUCUGUAAUAUUAAGCACCAAGUCGGCUAUAUUGGAGCUUUAGUAGAGGUCUAAUCAGCCAGAAUCAGUGAAAACACCUGUGCAGGUGUGUAGGGCCUUUAAUGUAAUACAGAAGACAUUUUAAAGGGAGCAGAUAUCUGUGUUGAGUCCUUUGGGUGACAGAAAUCAGUUUUGUUUGGACUUUGGCACGUGGACAAGAUAGAUUCGUCUGUGUUUUGACACAGAUUGUUUAAUAGCAUUACAGUAAGCAGAAAGCCUCCGUCUGACACUGACUGUAAAUCACAAUUUGUUUACAUUUGGACAAACUCAUCUGUUAUAAUUCUGACUGAUGGUGCAGACUCAUUUUUAGCCAACAAUUAGACUGAGGAAAAACACCUCAAAGACAUUUUGACAUGUCUCAGUAGGAAAAAUCACAAGUGUAAAUAAUAAAAUUAAAGAUGGCUGAAUUCCAUUUAGCUGCUUCAGUUUCAGGGUCCUGGUGUUGUGCGUGCUGGCUCACUAUCAUGGCUUACUGGGACACUUGAAUAGAGCAGAGCCAUCAUUAAUGUUAUUAGUGACACCUGUGCUUUUCCUACUGUGACAGGUCCAAAUGUCUGCUGUGAAAAAGAUUUAUUGAUUUUACAGGCAUCUGCAGGUGUCAAUGUGAACGUCUUUGUUAGCCCCGCAGUAGAUGACUGAUGUCCUAUCAAAGGGUUAUUUCUGACUUCUACCCCAGUGCAUUCUGGGCCAACCCUGAUUGAUAUAGGAAAUCAAUGGAUUUUAAAAGUAAAUUGUGUAUUGUAAUUCCUCAUAAGAAAAUCUCAAAACAAUUAUAGUAUAUUACAGUAUGGCUAUGUAUUGUCCAGCCCUGAGCUUCAUCAUAUGAACAGAAUCUGUUGGCCAACAUCUGUAGUAUUGAUAAGGUGACGUCCUCCUUAUGGUGUAGGUACCUGACAGGUGUAUUAGAAACAGGGACAGUCCUGACAUUUCAAGAUGAUCUGCUACAGUAAUUGCACUUGAACAUGCAAUGUGCGCUUGUUCUCAUAGAAACCACUUUCAUUGUCAGAGAAGGCGAUUAUUAACAGUCAAAUGAGUUAAUGUUAAAGUUCAAAAUUAGGUCAUUUGGAGACCGACUUAUCAGUAUUUCAAGAUUAUUAUAUUAAUGAAAAAGCAUUAACAAGGGUACACAUUUCACAAUAUUGUGCACAUACUGAGCAGUGCAAAGCGAUCAUGUCAGAAAUAAAUUACUAUAUGUUGCUAUAUUGAUCCAUGAAAAUGAACUUUGGUGUUGAAUUAGUAGACAAGUUCUGUCUUAAGGAAAAACUGGUCUUUAUCUACAACACUGUGUCUUAGUAAAUAUUCAUUGGUACAUGUGUUUUACCUCAGUUUAUACACUCCAUCGCUCCCUUUAAUAAUAGAAAAGGAACUCAGAGGACAUUUGUAAUAAGUAGAGCACAAUUCUGGUGCUUCAGUCUUACCUCGUAUCUUCAUAUUAUGUUUGAAUGGUACUUUUAUAAGAAAAAGCUAAAAACCUGAGAAGUGAUGUAACCUUUUGAUUUUCACUAUACAGUAAGUAUUAAUACAAAUAUUUGCAUUAAAGUUUUGUAUCGAGAUUCUUCUAUUAAAACUUUUUUUUUAACAUAAAACCUUUCUGAAGCAA